UACUGUCAGAAUGGCCGAUGUGCACGAACGUUGCGAGUUGAGAAAAAGUUUUUCAAACGAAAGGAACGUGCCUAAGGCGAAACACAAAAAAUUUUCAUCUUGCAAUUACACUAUUAAGAAACGACAACCAUUUGGUUUAAGAAAACAAAAUGGUAAAGAUAUACUUGUAACUAAUAAAACAAACUUUAAGGCUCAGCUAAAGAAAUGCGAAAGACUUCUUGAUAACGAUAAUCCUGAAAUAUUUAUUCAUGGUCUUGGAGCUGCUAUACACAGAGCAUGUAACUUGGCUCUACAGUUGAAAGAGAUUCAUUACAAUGGAGUAGAAUUAGACAUCAAGACUUCUACUGCAUCUAUUAUUGAUGAUUUUGAACCUCUUGAUGAUGAGGCUGACUACGAAACCAUUAAUAGGAACAACUCGGCUAUACAUAUUCGUGUGUUUCGAAAAUUUUUGAUAGGUAGUCUUAAAUACCAAGAAUAAAGCAACUUAACAAAGGAU